GACAGACAUUAAAGAAGGCACAAAGCUAAACAGGACUCCAUUAAUUCUAGGAUUUCAAGAAGACAGAACCUGAGACUAUGUCCAGUACAACAGUUGGAGUAUGGUUUGCAGUAGUCUUAGUGUGUUCAUAUUAUGCAUGGAGACUGUUGAACUGGGCUUGGUUUAAGCCAAGGAGUUUGGAGAAGUGCCUUAGAGGACAAGGUCUUAAGGGGUGCCCUUACAGGCCCCCUUAUGGAAACCUUCCAGACCUAAUCAGCAGCAUCACUGAAGCCAAAUCCAGACCCAUCAAUCUCUCAGAUGAUACAAUCCCAAGAAUCAUGCCUUUCAUUCUUGACUCCAUCAUCAAAUAUGGUGAGAAUUGCUUUGUGUGGCUUGGGCCAAAUCCUAUGGUAAUAGUCACAGAUAAUGAACUUGUAAAGGAAAUCUAUGCAAAAUAUGAUGUUUUUCAGAAGAUCCUUCACCCCAAUCCACAGGCCAAGUUGUUGGCUGAAGGACUAGUAACCCUUGAGGAAGACAAAUGGGCCAAACAUAGAAAACUCAUCAAUCCUGCCUUCCAUACUGAGAAAUUAAAGCAUAUGCUACCAGCAUUCUACAUGAGCUGCACUGAGAUGCUGGCUAAAUGGGACAAUGUUAUCCUAGAGGGAGGAUCAGGAGAGGUUGAUGUGUGGCCUUUCCUCGAGAAAAUGACUAGUGAAGUGAUUUCUCGUACAGCGUUUGGUAGUAGCUAUGAAGAAGGGCAAAAGAUAUUUGAACUUCAAAAAGAACAAGCUGAGCAUGUAAUGGAAGUGUCGCGCACAAUUUAUAUCCCGGGGUCAAGGUUUUUGCCAACUAAAAGGAACAAAAGAAUGUAUGAAAUAGAGAACAUAGUUCAAACGUCGAUAAGGAGCAUAAUCGAUAAAAGAUUGAAGGCAAUGGAGGCCGGGGAGGCCAGUAAGGAGGAUCUAUUGGGGAUAUUGUUGGAGUCCAAUUCUAGAGAAAUUGAAGAACAUGGAAAUAAGGAUUUCGGGAUGACAAUAUCAGAAGUGAUUGAUGAGUGCAAGCUUUUCUAUUUUGCCGGGCAAGAGACAACCUCUGUAGUACUUGUCUGGACUAUGAUUUUGCUGAGCAUGAAUCAAGAUUGGCAGGUGAGAGCGAGAGAGGAGGUUUUGCAGCUCUUUGGGAAGAAUAAACCCGACCUCGAUGGAUUGAAUAAGCUAAAAAUUGUGACAUCGAUUUUGCUCGAAUCUUUGAGGCUAUAUCCACCGUUAGCAACAACAGGUAGAAGGGUCCAUAAGGACACUAAAUUGGGAGAGCUACGUCUACCAGCUGGAGUGUUGCUGUUUCUACCAACAAUUCUAUUACACCAUGACAAGGAGAUUUGGGGCGAAAACGCAAAAGAGUUCAACCCAGAGAGAUUCAGCGAAGGCGUUUCAAAGGCAACAGAGGGGAAAGUAUGCUUCUUCCCUUUUGCAUGGGGGCCUCGAGUAUGCAUUGGACAAAACUUCGCUAUGUUAGAAGCAAAAAUGGCUCUGGCUAUGAUCUUGCAGCGCUUCUCCUUUAAACUGUCUCCAUCCUAUACUCAUGCUCCAUUCGCAAUAAUAACCAUUCACCCUCAGCACGGCGCUCCCCUCAUUCUGCAGAGACUGUAAAACCAUAACAUUAAUCCUAUACACAGAAAUCCUUAGUUUGAAGGAUCUUAACUGUGCAUAUACUCAUGCUUGCCACUUUCAAGCUAUAUUGCCAUGUGAUUUGUUAGCUAAAGAAUAAGCAAACAUUGUGACUUUUGCACCAUAUAAUGUCUUAAACAAUGUAACUUAAUUUUAAAAACUCGAGUCAAACAUCAUGUUUCUUUCUUUCUU